CAACAACAACAGAUCCAAGAGAGCAAGAGAAGACUUUGCACCAUGGAGGAUGAAUUUGACUCUGAGAUUCCAGAGCUGGUGGCUGCAGAAACUAUUCAUCAAUUACAACUUGGGGAAGAUCUGAAUAAUAUCAACAACAACCCCAUCCAGGCAAUGGCAGUGACAGAGCCAAUGGCAGUGACAGAUAUGUAUUUCACAGAUUCACGAGACCAAAGCAUCAAUGAGCUAACCAAAGAGAUCAAAAUGCUCCAUGGAAAAAUCCAUGAACUCACAGCCAUGGUGCAAUCCAUGCAGCAGCAGCAGCAACAACAACAAACACAAAUCAAGUACAAUUGAUGAACUCACACCGAUUGCACCGAAACCAAAUGUGCCAGCCAUGUUUUGCCAGUUGAUUUUAACUCCUUCACCAAUGUACAAUGUGGCUCCUUG